AUGUUCGAGCCUCCGAUGCACUACAAAACAUUCGCAACUCGCAAUACUCGAAACCUUAGAUUUGAACAACUUCGCCAAUCCACCGCACCCCAGCGAAGCCAGCCUUCUCCUCCGACAAUCAGUGUGACGCCGCCUUCUUCCACAAAUUUGUUAUCAGCUCCACUCAGUCCACGUAAACGUGUAAAUGUUGUUUCCUUCGUUCCACAAGGCGCCUCCGAAGUCAUUACCAAGUCUCCCGAGAAGCCAGACCAUCCGAAACUCGCCGACAGUUGCACUUCGGAUUCCAUAGACCCCUACUCUUCUCAAACUUCCUCGCCACCGAUCAUUUCUUCUGCUGUUCCUGUUUGCGUGCCCUCAAAAACGAAGGCACCGUGCCCCCCUCAGGAGGCAACUAUGCCCAAGCCCUUUUCAACUACCACCGCUUUACGUGGUAAACGCAAUGGCCUACCGUUAACGUCUCGUACUGCCAACGCAAACUGGAAGUCCUCUUCUUCCGUUCACUCUGCGCCUGCCUCGAUAAGCGACCAAGCAUCAAGUCGUCCUCCUCAACCCGUCUGCGAGAAGGAUCCCUAUGAGUGGGCUGAUGGUGAGGAGGAAGAGACUGGCGAAAAGACACCCAAAUUGACGGCCGGUGACGAGGACUCUGACGAUGACGGGGUUAAACCCUGGUUCUGGCCAGCAACUAGAAGUACCGCCGCUGUCCCCGGAAAGAACUCGAACGAGCCAGCAAAGCCGGUCGCACAGAAACCCGCAGUCCUGACUUCCACUACCACCACCACCUCCAAGACCUCGACCACGUCGAUCGUGAGCAAAGAUGGGAAAAUUCUCGUUUCGCGAAAUGAGAAAUCAGACGCCAGUGAUGAUGACGAGGUAUUCGCUCUGUCCACCGUAAUCAAACUGGACAUCCCGCGGGCAAGCAGUAGGCAAACUCCAUCUUUUCGAGGUUCGCUCUAUCUUUCGAAGCGAUAA